CAGAAAAGUCUCCUCCAAAAUCCUAUUCUCCCGUGCUUCCCGCCAAAAAAGAGAGACGAUGAAAGGUCGCCGGCGACGAUUUCUGGCGCCAACUUCAUCUCCGUCUCCUUCUCCGUCAAUCGGCGAUCUCCGUGUUAAGUUCUCGCGGAUCGUUUCGCAUCACGAGCAACUCAAAAUCGCCUUCAAUCAGCUCGAUUUUCAGAUCCGAACUGGCUUGCAGGAAGCGGCAGACGUCUUUGAAUCAUUAGCUAAUCCGCUGAUGAAGCUCGUAGGACUGAAGACUGUUGAAAUGGCUGAGGAAGGAAAAUUUAGUACCGUUGUCGUCGAUUAUAAUAAUUUUUGUGCCGAUGACUUUAAGAGAAACGAGAAUGGAGCUGAAACGAUGGUGAGAAACGAAGCAAGCGAAAUUGAGGAAGCAGGCUAUAUAAAUAGAGCCAAAACAGUUGGCAAAGAGCUAAUUCAGAAACAAGAAAUGCAGCUAAAACAUUUGAUCCAUCUGCUAAGACAAGUUGAAGCCCAAGUAAAUUCAAGCCAAACCAACAUUCUUCAGACCCUUAGUGACCAUCAAACUUCCAUACAUAAUGUUUUCAAGAAAGCUGUGGCAUAUGUUUCUGCCAUUCACCAGAGAGGUGAAAACGAUAGCACUUCUGUGAUCACAAUUCAACUUCUGAAAUACAUAUUUCGUCUCGUUGUUGCUACACUGAGCUCGGUAGAGUCUGGAGUGGACAACCUAGUGGACGAGCUAGCUAGAAAAAUGUGUAGUCCAAUGGUCGACUAUGUGAAGGGUCUUAAGCUUGAAAUCAGAUCAGGAAGAUGCCAUCACCUAUUGAGCAUAGUGGAAGAGAUGGGAGGAGCAAUGAGAACAGGGAGGAUCGAGUUGGAGGAAGCAAGGAAGAAAGCAAGAGUAGCAGAACAUAAUAGACUUGAUGCAUUGUACAAGUUGAAGAAAUCAGAAGAAAUAGCAAGGAAGCACCAGUUCCUCUUGGAAGCCGAGAACGGAUCAAAGGAACAAUUUGAGCAUGAGAAGCUUGUUGUGAAGGACCAGGAUCAUGCUAAAGAGGACAAACUUCUGUGGGAGUUGCUUAAAAAGAAGAGAAAAUUGGGCAUGGGAAAUGGGAGCAGUAAACCAUGUGGCCUUGCACUGAGCCAGUUGAGUCCACAAACCCCACGCUUGGUUCCCUCCUCUUCACCUACAUACAGUUCAAAUGGUCACCAUUUGCUACCCAAGAUACCCCUGGGCUCCUCACCUUCGGUGACAUAUCCGCAACGUAAACCUCAGAAGAAGAUUACAUCCGGAUUUCGUACUUAAAACUUUUAUCAUAUGGAAUUAGGCUGUGGCUUGGUUUUGGUAACUAUACUUUGAUAACCUCUUUUAUUUUUACUGCGAGGGGCUUCAUUAGUUUGCAAUUCUUGCAUUCUGUUAUUCCAUCA